AUGAAGAUCUUGUGGUUUGGACAAAGUUUUGAAACUACGACUCUCGAUUAUGAGACGACUCAGACAAUUUUUGAUGAAUUAACGACUUUUGAAGUAACGGACUUACCUGAUUUGGUUGAAAAUGUGACAGAAAAGUUAACAACGACGACUCCGGCAGCAAAUUUUCAUCCUAUGAAACCGACGAUUUUCAAGCCAACCAAAAAUACGGUGGUAAAAAUUCAGGAAGGAUCGUUGAAAGGCGUUUACAAGAAGGGAUUUUAUCAUUUUAUGGGCAUCAGAUAUGGUCAAGCUCCUUUGGGGGAAAGGCGUUUCAAACCAGCUUUACCUGAAAAUUCAUGGGAAGGCGUUCGACUAGCCACGAAAUUCGGUUCGGCAUGUCCUCAUACUCAAGCAAUCACGCGAACUUACUUGGGAAUCGAGGAUUGUCUCUUUUUGAAUGUUUUUACAAAAGCAAUUCCAACUGACGAAAAUUUCAAAGAGCCUCGUGCUGUCAUGGUUUGGCUUCAUGGAGGCGCUUUUCGUGCUGGAUCUGGAAAUUUUCCUCUCACCGGACCAGAUUUCCUCGUGAACGAAGAUGUCGUCGUUGUAACUUUGAAUUAUCGUCUCGGAGCCCUCGGAUUUUUGUGCGUAAAUGACGAAGCACGAGGAAAUAUGGGAAUUCACGAUCAAAUUCUCGCAUUGAAAUGGAUUCAAAGGAACAUCGCAGUGUUUGGAGGUGAUCCGGAAAAAGUUACAAUUUUUGGAUUUUCAGCUGGGGGAGUUUCUGUUGACAUUUUGAUGUUAUCUGAUGCGGCAAAGGGACUUUUUAGACACGCAAUUUCGCAGUCAGGAUCAAUUUUGUCACCAUGGAGCUUCGUGGAGAACCCAAAAAUGCAAGCGAUGCGGUUGGGACGUGAUUUGGGAUUUAAAGGAAAUUCCACAGAUGAACUUGUGAGAUUUUUAAAAGAACAGCCAGUGAGAAGUUUGGUCGAAAAAAGUGAAAAAAUGGAUACUCCAGAGGAAGAACGAAAUGCGUUGAUAGUAAAUUUCACUCCAUGCGUCGAAAAAGUUUACGAAAAUGAUUCAGAACCGUACGAAGCGAUAAUUAAAGAAUCUCCCUUGAAAAUUUUGAGAUCAGGAAAUUAUAAAAAUAUUCCGUACAUGACCGGAUUUACAGCAAAUGAGGGAAUUUUAAUUUUCAAAAAUUAUUUAUUUAAUCCUGGCACCAAUAAAAAAUUCAAGAGCAGCGACAUGUACUUCAUUCCCUCAAACAUCAACAUCACAGGACUUCACAAAGCCGAAAUCGAUGUUCUUGCUCAAGAUAUUAGUCACAUUUACAUCGGUCUCAACAAAAACAUCUCUUCAUCCAAAAUCGCCGACGCCAUGGUUCGUUACGGAACCGAUGUUCAUUUCCUUUAUGGCAUGACACGAACUGUACGAGAGCUUUUGCGACACGGAAACAAAAACAUUCACUCUUAUCGAUUCGCUUUUGAUGGCGCUUUCAACUUUUACAAGAAAUUCGUUGGAUAUUUGGGACCUGGAGUCGCCCAUGGAGAUGAACUCGGCUAUUUGUUCGCUGCUCCUUCGUACAUGUAUGUCGGAGUGAACAUGCUAGACAUCGCCCGACGUGAAAUGGUGACGAAAAAUCGAAUGGUAAAAAUGUGGACUAAUUUUGCGAAAUAUGGAAAUCCAACUCCGCGAGAUUUUUGGCCUUUUUAUACGAUUUGGGAACCGAUGAAGGAUAAAAAAUUCUCAUAUUUGGACAUUUCGGAUGACUUGGAGAUGAUUGAAGGUGUUCCAAAUGUUGAUCGGGUCGAGUUUUGGGAUGAAGUUUAUCAUGAAUAUGAGAAAAGGUCAACUAAAGAAAAAAAUAAAUAA